AGCAGGAUUUGUCUGAAAAUGAAAACAUUAAGAAACUACAAUCCUCUUCUUCUUAUUCUUCUACUGCUUGCUUGUCUCGUUGUCUCUUCACUUUCAGAAUCUCAGCCCACCGCAUGUACUAUGUGCACUUCCUGCGACAAUCCCUGUCAACCUGUCCCUUCUCCUCCUCCGCCUCGCCCCACCACCUCCCCUUCCCCUCCUCCUCCUUCCUCCACCUCCGGCGGCGGUCCUUACUACUACUACUAUCCUCCUCCGCCGACGUCGCAGUCCGGCUACUACCGCCCACCUCCUUCUUCCGGCGGCGGUUACUACUACGCGCCGCCGAAGAGCGGAGGGAACUACCAAUUUCCUCCGCCGCCUAACCCUAUCGUUCCGUACUUCCCAUUCUACUACUACAGUCCUCCGCCAGCGUCUCUGUCGGGAUCCGACAAGAACAUGGGAUUCUCCUUCGUUUUAUUUUCCUCUCUCUUGUUUUUCUGUUUGUUUUGAUAGAAAAUGAAUCCGACUGAGAAAGUGAUAGAAAGUGACGGUAGCUUUCUCUCUAGAUUAAUCAUGAAGAUGAAGUUUAGAUCUAUGCAGAUCGGCGAGAGGUUUUACCGAUGAAGAAGAAGAAGAAGAAGAAGACAUGCAUGGAGAUCUGACGAGGAAAUAAAAUGGAGAAUAUCUUCGUUUGAAGUAUAAAAUUAUAUGUACUUUUCUUUCGACAUUUUUGUAUCUUAUUAUAUUUUUACAAUAUUGUGAUUUUGAUUACAACCACGUAGAAAUGAUGCGUUCGUCGUCUGAUUGUGAUUUUAUCAUAUAAACAUUAUUCUUAUAAAAUAAUAUUUUCAAGUAAAA